AUGGGUGCAACAAAUGAAGAUUUUUAUGCGAAAAGCCCUAUAAACAAGGUAGAUUAUCUUCCAAGAGAGGCAAAAGAAAUAUUGAAAUCAUUGGCUAGUAAAUGGAAGAAUGUACUUGACCCAAAUGCAAUGGAGGUUAUCAAUCUAAAAGGGGCAAUGACAAAUGAGGUUUUCAAAGUCAAAUGGCAAACACCAACUGGGGAAACUUCACAAAGGGUUCUGGUUAGAAUGUAUGGCGAGGGCACCGAAAUUUUCUUUAACCGAGAUGAUGAGAUUCGAGCAUUCGAAUGCAUAUCCAAAUCUGGAUAUGGCCCUCGUUUGCUUGGGAGGUUUGCAAAUGGCCGAAUUGAAGAAUUCAUCAAUGCUCGGACAUUAUUAGCAUCAGAUCUACGAGAUCCAUCUAUUUCUGCUCUUAUAGCUAUCAAGAUGAAAGAGUUCCAUGAUCUUAACAUGCCAGGACCAAAGAAGGUUCACCUUUGGGAUGUAUUGCGGAAGUGGCUUGUUGAAGCAAGGAAAUUAGCUUCCCCUGAAGAAGCUAAAAUGUUUCAUUUGGAUGCAAUGGACAACGAAAUUUCACUUUUGGAAGAGAGAUUAUCAACUACUCACCAAAAAAUAGGGUUUUGCCACAAUGAUCUACAAUAUGGUAACAUAAUGAUUGAUGAAGAGACCAAAUCGUUGACUUUAAUAGAUUAUGAAUAUGCAAGUUAUAAUCCUAUAGCAUAUGAUAUAGCAAACCACUUCUGCGAGAUGGCUGCAAACUAUCAUACAGAAACCCCUCAUAUUCUUGACUACAGUAAAUAUCCUGAUUUGGAAGAACGUAGAUUAUUCGUUGAAACAUAUUUGAGAUCUUCAGGUGAAGAACAAAUUGAUAGCAAAGUGGAGCAACUACUUGAUGAUAUUGAGAACUUUACACUUGCAAAUCAUCUAUUCUGGGGAUUUUGGGGAAUAAUUUCGGAGCAUGUAAAUAAUAUUGACUUUGACUAUAAAGAAUAUGCAAAUCAACGGUUUCAAGACUAUUGGUUGAGGAAACAAUACCUUAUGAGUUCUCCUGCAUCAUCCCAUGAUUUAUCUGCUAAAGAAGGUAAGGUACUUCACUAA